AAGAAUAGCUGAUAUGUAGUAAAUUUUCUAUCUGUUUCAACAAUUCUGAAGUAAUUUUGAAAGUGUAUGUUUAUUCGAAAUAUGCUUUGCUCAUUUAACAUUUAUUGACAUUUUUUAUAGUAAAAAUUUUCGACGAGAACAAAUUAAACUGCAAUUUAAAGUACCAUUCAAAACAUUUUAAAAAUUCUUGUCGUAUGCUUAUUGCUAACCGUUUUUUGCUGCUUCACCCGAAACAAUCGCUCUGAUUGGCUGCAGCGGAAUCACACUUCCCUUCGUUUGCUAUGCCCUGAUUGGUUGAAGCCGCUGCACAGUAAAAUGUUUACAGUUGGGGAAAUCGUAGUUCGUACACUUGUAACUUGCACGCCCGUAUUAUUCGAAUAUAUAAAUUUGCAUUCACUAUUACUUUUUUUGCUGAAAAUUCGUGUUCAAGAAGCGUUAAAUGGCGAAAGAGUGGACAUAAUUCCAUUAGAGCAUAUAAUUUUAAUCGAAGAUAAAUAUACAUUCCAUUUAGUCAAUAAACAUUUUUUUUGUAAAUUUAUAUUUUUACAUAAAUUUUCCGUAAAAACUUCCAUAAUGUUCGCGCUGCCUUGCACCGCUUGCACAUAACUUGAAAUGAGAUCUCCUAUACAGUGAAGGAAUUCCUGUUCGAACAAAAAGUAUGUAUUUAACAUUCUACCUGUUCCGCUGUCGGUGCCGUAUUUGUAGUGGAUGCAGCAAAAAGCAAGAAAUACCGCACAUGCGCCCUGUUGUCUCCCGUGAGACGUUCCUCCCAAUAUGUAUUGCUUUUCUCGCUUAUUCAUCUACCGCGGAACUGGUGUUGACCAGAUAGAAGCUCGUCGUCUCAUUUCCGUAGCGUGGCUCCACGUUCUUACGCAUCUUGCAUCGGGCAAUGCAAUGGGAAAGAAAAAUCGGGUAUUGUACGGAAUACGGUGGCGGCAUGUGCUGCAUAAACAAUGAAGACCAGUCUGGCACUGGUCGCUGUUGCCAGCGGAUGUGCGUGCUGUAUGAGUUGCUGAUAGUGCUAACCGGAUGGAAGUGAAAAGUGAAUCGUUUUUACAAACAUUACAAGUGUACAUUUACUUUGAGAGUGUUUCUUGUGUGAGAGGAAAAUAAAAAGCAUAAUUAUUUUGAUGUCAUGAAUAUGAAUGCAAUUUUGUAGCAAAGUGACAAAUUGUGUGAUGAAAAUUGUGUAGUGAAAAUUACGAGUUCCUUAUCGGGAAAAGAAAGAAGUGUUUAAAAAUCAAGACAUCUAUCAAUAUUAUGAUUAUUGGAGUGCAGUGAAUACCAUUCAACGUUCAAUAAAGUAGCGUUCAGAGUCAGAGCUUUUGGGAAUACACGCAGCAAAAAAAAAAAUCGGGCUACUAAAAUGAAUUCGCUCGUCAUUGUGUACGUUCCGCACACGGUCGAGUACACACCUGCAGUACAAUUUUCCUCCCUGGAGUAUGUGACCGUUUCUCUCAGUGAAAUGGAAAGCGAGGAGGAUGUCGAAUCGAUUGCAGCAAUGCCACCAGAAACGAUGUUGAAAAACGCAACACAGGAAAAACUGAUGCAACAUAUCAUGAAGGACGAUCUGCUGCUGCUAAACAAUUCAGGGAAAUUGCACCCGAGGGAUCCGAAUUUUCUGCAAAUCAGACGGGAAGACAGCUUAUCGGAGUGCAACGAUGAUCGUCAGGUGUUUGAUUGCGAAAUAAAUGCAACGGAAUAUGUUCCUAUCAGUAGUGAAAUAGUGUUAGAAGAUUCAUCUUCCAGUUUUGACGAAGGAAUAGGUUUGAGCAAUACGGAAGAUUCGAGCGAUGAUCAAGCAAGUGCCAACACUGACACGUUGAAUGCACUGAAAUCUGUCGAACUUCUACCAACGAAAGAGUAUGUACGGAAACAGGAAAAAAACAAAUCGAAAAGCUACCAGUGUGAAAUCUGUGACGAACGAUUUACGAUGAAAAAACACCUCCGGGAGCACCACGCUACUAAGCAUCCGGGCCAGAACUGCAACAAAUGUGGCGUGUGUGAAAAAACGUUUAAACUACGAUCUAACCUACGACAGCAUCUUCGCAUCCAUACGGGCGAACGUCCGUUCCGCUGUGACAUUUGCUACAAAACGUUCGUCCAGGGCAGUGCUCUAACGGUCCACCGGGAAUUGCACAAGGAGCAGCGGGACUACGAGUGUCCGGUGUGUAAGAAAGCGUUCAAAUCGAAGUUUGCUUUCAAGAAGCACGAAAAAGUGCACAUCGGAUUACGGCCCUUCAAGUGCGACGAAUGUGGCAAAUCCUUCACACAAUCUUGUAACCUCAAGGCGCACCAGAAACUGCACACGGGAAACCACGCGUACCAGUGUACGACCUGUUCGAAAACGUUUCGCUUCAAAUCCCACUAUCAGGAUCACCUGAUGACGCACACCAAGGAGAAGAAGUACUGCUGUGGCCAGUGCGGUCGCACCUUCGCGUACAAGAACUCGUUCCAGCGGCACACACAAAUCCAUCGGGACGAAGCUCAACACCACUGCGCGGAGUGUGGGAAACAGUUCAGCAAACUGAGUCAUCUCACCUUCCAUCACAAAUCUCACGCAUGUGCCCGCCGUACAGUGGUGGUGGCGGCACGAGACGGUGAUAGUGCUAGUGCGUCAAAAACUCUCGCUUGCGAUAUAUGUGGCUGCGUCUUUGAACGGCCCGAUACCUUGGUGGCCCACCGGCGAGAGCUGCACGGUGCCGAGGAAAGUGUGCGUGAAAAGGGACGAUGUCGGUACAAAUGUGUUAUCUGUAGCAAAUCUUUCCGGGAGGAGAAGGAGUUGCGUACCCAUUUCAAGCUGCACGAGGCCGACGACUGUCCCUUCCAGUGUGGGAUGUGUGGAAUCCUUAACCUAAACCCCAUAUCUAACUGACUACGUUGGGUUAUUGCUAGCGAGGAACGUAAGUGGCAGAGGCUAAAUGUACUGUAAGAUAAGGACUAAUUCUGUGAUAUCUCUCUGAAUGUAUGAAAUAUAUAUACAUAAAUGUUUGUACCGCUCGGUUCGUAAAAACCAGCGAAUUCCUACAGGAUAA